UACAUUUGGAAAGUCUAAAAGUAUCCGUGCGCGCGUGUGUUUGUAUGCCUGCUUGCGCGUGCACGUUCCGCCUCCUCUCUUGAGAUCGAGUUGGGGUUUGAUAGUUGGAGCUGCCAGGGAACACAAUGUGUUUUGACGCUGAAACAUCAUUGUGACUGUUUGUGUUUUUAAAAGGCGAAGGAAAGUGAAUAAAGACGACUGGAGUGCCCCUAACCCUUGAGCUGCCCCCUGUGUGAUGGAUGGAGAGGAGCUUCUGCAGGGUGGGGACACGGAGGCCUCGUGGUCCCUGCUAUCCUGGAUGGCGUCCUUACUCAUGGUGUUCGGGGGGGCCCUGCCCUAUGUGCCCCAGUACCAGGACAUCCAGAGGAGCAACCACAGCGAAGGCUUCUCCACCAGAGUCUGCCUCGUGCUGCUCAUCGCCAACAUCCUGCGCAUCUUCUUCUGGAUAGGGAAACAGUUUGAGCUCACCCUGCUGCUCCAGAGUGUGGUGAUGAUCCUCACCAUGUUUGCCAUGCUCCACCUCUGCUGCACCGUCCAAAACAACAACCGAGUGAGCACCAAGCAACACCGACUCUCAGGUACUACCCACCCACACCAUCUUAACACAUAGCAAAAAAAUUAAUAA